CUGGGAGCUACGUUAGUGUAAGUCUUGCCGCCGAGCUGAGUGGACGUACGCCGCGCUGCUCUACCCGCCGCGCUCGUGUGUGUUCUGGAUUUUUUUUAUCGGCAACAAGAUUUUUCUUGACUUAAUAGAAUUAUUUAUAAACUGGGAUUCGUUGGUCAGUGAAAAACGAGUUUGUGUGAGUGUGUAUUAAGCUGGUCCGCUUUUGGCUGUGAUCCAAGUAUUGACGUUGAACCGAUCAUGGCUAUAGUGGUUGCAACCCCACCAUGAUGGAGAGCCACCACCUGUAGGACAAUGGAACGUCGACUGAAACUGAAAUCUCUGAAGCGGGUAUACAGCCAGAAGGUCCAGGGGUCUGAGAAGAAGGAUGUUGGCCUGCGGUCCCCGGGCGCCCCGAAGAAGGCCCUGGGCAAGUCUCUGUCCCUUGACUGGCGGCUGCCCCUCGGCAACCCGACCGACACCGCCGCCGUGGGCCUGCAGAGGAUUGACGAGCUGGACCUGAGUUCGAGCCAGCACCUUUGCCGCAGCGCCACCUGCCCCAGCGUACCCAACAGCGAUGCCAUGCCCUCGCCCCUCGCCCACACCCCGACCUACGACGACUCGGCCAGGAACUCUCCGGCGCCGUCGUCGGUGACGUCGCUCGAGGACGGCGCCGCCACGCCUGUGUCGCGGCCGCACGAUGACUAUGACUCCUCGUCGACCGUCCCUACGACGCCCUGCGGCAACCGGCGGCCGAACAGAGGGCUCCGCCGCACGCGGUCACGCCCAGAGGGCCCUGCACCCUCCUUUGGGCCCCGAGCCGCUGCCGCCGCUGCCGCCAUAGGGAGUGGCGGCAGCGUGGGUUCCAGCGUCGGCGGCACCAUUAAACGAUACGUGAGCCUUCUCCGCAGCCGAUCAGCUGUGUCGCAUCGGGAGCGCCCCAACAUCGGCCGCAUCAGUCCAGGUACGAUGUAUUUCCUAAAGGGAGACUCCACUGAGGUAUAGUAUUUAACCAAAAUGACAGCCAGGUAGUCGGGUUGUGCCAGCCAAUCUCUAAAAUCUCUCUCUUUCUCUUCCUUUCUCUCUCCUGAUCUCCCAUUCUCUUUUUUUUCUCUUUCUCUCUUUUAAUCUCUCUUUUUUCUCCCCUUCUCGCUUUCUCUGUUUCUCUUUUUAUCUCGUUCCUUCUUUAUUUUUCUUUCUCUUUUUGUAUUUCCCUUUCUCUCCCUCCC